AAAGGGAGAGAUUGAUCCUGCUUUUGUAUUCCCUUGCAUGUCCACUAUGCAUGUCCACACAUUAGCCCAUGCACAGAUGUGACCCAUGUACCAAACAGGCAUAUUUUAUGCUGGUACACACGGAAUAGAUUUACACACAAUGCCACAUAAGUGUAUGCACAUUUGCGCACCUGACAAAUCUAUACAGGUGUGGCAUGUGUUUGCUCACAGACAUUUAUACAUAUGCAUGUGCUCACACUGUUCAUGUACGCAUGUUCACGAAGGGACCCUCGGAGGAAACCUGUUCAUAUCCUUCGGCAGCCACAGCCUUGCUCCACUGCCCAAAGUCCCUCUGCAUCUCCCUCCCCGUCAGUGGGUGCACAACCACCUCAGAGGCCUCAGCCCCUCCUGCCAUUCUCCCUUCAUCAGCUGUUUUGCUCAUUGCACUUGGUGCCCUCUGAAAUAACCACAGGAUCUGACUCCUUGCUGGCCCUUUGCCCUUUACUGCCUGGGGACCUUGUCUGUGCCGUCGGUAUCCUCGUCCCUGCCCCAGGCUGGCAUGUAGUGGAUCCUGGGGCAGAGUCCAGGGCAGCUGAAGGCUCCUCCACACACGCCUGCUGAACCCUGAGCGCCCUGAGCUGCCGGCAUGGGGCGGGCCGAGGCCGCCGCCAUGAUUCCAGGCCUGGCCCUUCUCUGGGCAGCGGGGCUGGGGGACGCUGCCCCUAACCUUCCACGCCUUCGGCUCUCCUUUCAAGAGUUACAGGCCCAGCAUGGUGUCCGAACCUUCAGACUGGAGCGCACCUGCUGUUACGAAGCCUUACUGGUGGAUGAGGAGCGCGGACGCCUGUUCGUGGGUGCUGAGAACCAUGUGGCUUCCCUCAGCCUCGAUAACAUCAGCAAACGAGCCAAGAAGCUGGCCUGGCCGGCCCCUGUGGAAUGGCGCGAAGAGUGCAACUGGGCAGGGAAGGACAUUGGUACGGAGUGCAUGAACUUUGUGAAGCUGCUGCACACCUAUAACCACACACACCUGCUGGCCUGUGGCACCGGGGCCUUCCACCCAACCUGUGCCUUUGUGGAAGUGGGCCACCGGCUGGAGGAACCCAUGCUUAGACUGGACCUGAAGAAACUUGAGGAUGGCAAGGGAAAGAGCCCUUAUGACCCAAGGCACCGGGCUGCCUCCGUGCUGGUGGGGGAAGAACUGUAUUCGGGGGUGGCAGCAGACCUCAUGGGCCGGGACUUUACCAUCUUCCGCAGCCUGGGCCAGAAUCCGAGUCUCCGAACAGAACCCCAUGAUUCUCGCUGGCUCAAUGAACCCAAGUUUGUCAAGGUCUUUUGGAUCCCAGAGAGCGAGAACCCUGACGACGAUAAAAUCUAUUUCUUCUUCCGUGAGUCUGCGGUGGAAGCAGCACCGGCAAUGGGACGAAUGACUGUGUCCCGCGUUGGCCAGAUCUGCAGGAAUGACCUGGGUGGCCAGCGCAGCUUGGUCAACAAAUGGACCACAUUUCUGAAGGCGAGGCUUGUGUGUUCAGUACCUGGAGUUGAGGGUGACACCCAUUUUGACCAACUUCAGGAUGUGUUUCUUUUGACCUCCCGGGACCGCCAGACACCACUUCUCUAUGCCGUCUUUUCCACCUCCAGUGGCGUCUUCCAGGGCUCCGCUGUGUGCGUAUACAGCAUGAAUGACGUGCGCCGAGCCUUCUUGGGACCCUUUGCUCACAAGGAGGGGCCUACACAUCAGUGGGUGUCCUACCAGGGUCGUGUCCCCUACCCACGACCUGGCAUGUGCCCCAGCAAGACCUUUGGCACCUUCAGUUCCACCAAGGACUUCCCAGAUGAUGUUAUCCAGUUCGCUCGGAACCACCCUCUCAUGUACAACCCAGUCCUGCCCGUGGGGGGGCGCCCUCUCUUCCUCCAAGUGGGAGCUGGGUACACCUUCACCCAGAUCGCUGCAGACCGCGUAGCAGCUGCCGAUGGACACUACGAUGUUCUCUUCAUUGGUACAGAUGUGGGCACAGUGCUGAAAGUGAUCUCGGUCCCCAAGGGCAGCCGGCCUAACUCUGAGGGGCUUCUCCUGGAAGAGCUGCAGGUGCUUGAGGACUCUGCCACCAUCACCAGCAUGCAAAUCUCCUCUAAAAGGCACCAGCUCUACGUAGCAUCGCCGAGUGCGGUGGCCCAGAUUGCAUUGCAUCGCUGCACGACCCUAGGCCGCGCCUGCGCAGAAUGCUGCCUGGCCCGUGACCCUUACUGUGCUUGGGAUGGAUCAGCCUGCACACGCUUCCAGCCUACUGCCAAGAGGCGGUUCCGAAGGCAAGACAUAAGGAACGGUGACCCUAGCACCCUGUGCUCUGGGGACUCCUCUCACCCUGCGCUGUUGGAGCGGAAGGUCUUAGGCGUGGAGAACGGCAGUGCCUUUCUGGAGUGUGAGCCCCGCUCGCUACAGGCGCAUGUGGAGUGGACCUUCCAUCGUGCAGGGGAGGUGGCUCACACCCAGGUGCUUGCCGAGGAGCGACUUGAGCGGACAUCCCGGGGGCUGCUGCUGCGUAGGCUGCGGCGCCAGGACUCCGGCGUGUAUCUGUGCGUUGCGGUCGAACAAGGCUUUUCACGGCCACUGUGUCGCCUGGUGCUGCACGUGCUGAGUGCGGUGCAGGCCGAAAGACUGGCACGGGCUGAGGAGGCAGCAGCCCCUGCACCCCCAGGCCCUAAACUCUGGUACCGAGACUUCCUGCAGCUGGUGGAGCCGGGCGGCGGUGGAGGGGCAAACUCCCUGCGAAUGUGCCGCCCGCAGCCUGGGCCCCGUCCGCAGCCUGGACCCCACUCUGUGGCAGCAGAGUCACGUCGGAAGGGUCGCAACAGGCGGAUGCAUGCCUCUGAGCUGCGUGCUGAGCGUGGGCCACGUAGUGCAGCACACUGGUGACUGGGCUGUCCCCACACCGGGGACCAGGCUGGAUAUGACACUCAGAAGAGGGGGCAAACGUCAGAAAGACAUACGCGUUGUGGCUGGGGCACACUGAGGUCCUUGGGCCAAUAGAGAGACACCUAACUCAUAAUACAUAGGCCCUGGCCAAAGGGUAGCCGAGCCAGCUAAAUUGUUAACAAGAUAACCCGCGAAUGUAGCCUCAGAAGAGUAGUCCAGGCUUAAUUCAGGUUCUAGCCUGCAUGGAGCGGACAGAGAAGUGGGGCUCCAUAGUAGACCAGGGCCAGAGAGCUGUCUUGAGUGUCUGCCCUGGGGGAAGCAUUCUUUCUUGGGCAGCGAGCAGAAAGUUAUGAACAGAUUAGGCUGUUGGAUUCCAGGUGAGGCAGGCCAACUGUACUAAAGUAAUGCAAUAAACACAUUAUCAGCUGACGUUGGAAUGGCCCCAGCAGAUAACAGGUAGUCCUUGACCUUGCUGGGAGCUACGGGUAUUGUCCUAGCAGUCCAAAGUCCUAAAUUUUUCUCAUCUUAAAUUGCUGUUCUGCUGGGUGGUGGUGGCACUUACCUUUAAUCCCAGCACUCUGGAGGCAGAGGCAGGCAGUUCUCUGUGAGUUCGAGGCCAGUCUGGUCUAAAGAGCUAGUUCCAGGUCAGUCAGGGCUACACAGAGAAACCCUGUCUUGAAGGGGGAAAAAAAAAGUUUGCUGUAGUGAAGAUCCAAAGUGGUAUUAGAUGAUCCAGCUGGCUCCAGUGAGCCUCCGGGGGUGCUGACAUGCGCAGUGCAUUCUCCAACUAUUAAUGGCAGGGCUAAGCUCUCCGAUGGAAAAACAAACAGUACUGGAUGUUGUGGGCAAGAAUGUGUGCAGAACUCACUGAAGGGCUGACACUUGAGCUGAAAGAUAAGAAGGAACCAGUCACAGGAUGUCUGGUGGCAGAACAUUCCAGGACGGAAGAACCAGUCCAAAGCCUUGGCAUGGGGAACAAACCUGCCAAGUCUGAGGAACGUCAAGGAGGCUAAUACGAUAGUGUGACGUGAUGGAUUCAGGAUGUUUGGGAAGGUAGACCCCCUUCCCAGCCUUGCUUUGCACAGUCGAGAAGAAGCAGAACAGAGUUCGCUCGCACACUCACUAAGGCCUGGAAACUGGACCGGCUGCCCUCCAGAGUGAGCAGCGCUGCUGUACAUCCUCCCUCACCCCGAUGUGGCCUGUUAAGCCCUUGUGGAGAGGAGGGAGAGGGAGGAUCAAGACUACUUUGUGCUAAAUCCUUUAGUCAUGUCUCUGCAUUUUUUAUUCUCAGUACUAUUGGCUAGGACCCCUUGCUCUGUUUUACACUCUCAAGGUUCUCUCUACCUAAGGCUAGUUUAAUACUAGAAAUACCAACUUUAUCCCAGUCUGUCCACUGGUCAGCAUGGGUGCUCACUCGUGGGGCUGCCGGAUCCCUAUGACAUUGUGCGUCAUUUGUCCACCACCCCCACACUCUGGUCCUAGCUGGUCACACGGGUGGGUGCUAGAAGGAGGUGGCUGGGCUGUGGGAGUGAGCGACGGCUGAGUGUAGGGAGACGUGCAGGAUUUCUUUUGUCAUAGCUACACGGCACAUGAUACAUGCCGACUUUCUGGGUGAAGGCCCCAAAGCCUACAAGCCUUCGUGUGUAUAGAGUUGGUAUAGUUUUCACAGUUCCCUGGGUCCAUGUGCUAGCAGACGCUUGCUCUUGGCUGAGCCCCAUCACUAAGCAGGUAGUCUAGGACGACCCAUCUGGGUCACUCUGCCCCUUUUCAUGGCUCAGAGAUGCCCCCUCUAAAUAUAGCCCAGGGAAGUGAGCUCAGGCCUAUUUUAAGACCAAAUUGGGAGGCUGCGAGGCCUUUCCCAGGAUCCCAAAAGAGCCACUGCUGUCUUUGUCCAGUUCUGCUACUGGGCACUCUCAUCGGGGCCCGAAUACAUAUGAACGCCAUGCCUGAGGAGACCCAAGAAGACACUGUGUUGCCAAUGCAGAACCAGAGGAGCAGGGGAACACUGGCUCCUAACAACGUGCAGGAGGUACGUCUGCACCGAGUGGAGUCCAUCAGUGACCUACACAGUGGAGGUUCACUACAGCCCUAUUUGGCUGAAGAGGCACAGACGUGGGAAGAGCUUCUGGGUGUCUUGCCGCCAGCACUGUGUACCCAAGCUGAUUGCAGCCCCAUGUGUGGCCGUGGGGGGUUCCUACUGCUAUUGGCACUGCUAGUAUUCACCUGCCUGGCAUUAGCCAUCCUGGCUGUCUACCUAAGUGGUAGGGACAAGCAGGGCUGGAAACCCAGGGCACCUGCAAAUGCAGCAAUAAAGGGUGGGGCAUGGGUCAGUGGGCAACCCCUGAUGCUGGGUUGGUUGGAGAUUUGGAAUGGCAAGCCUGACAAGGUCCCACAAAUGUCUUCCCAUCCCCAGUGCUGCAGAGCGAAUCCCUGAGGGUCUUGGCACACACACUGCGCACACAAGAGGAGACGCUGCUCAAAUUGCGCCUGGCUAGCCUCAGUCAGCUAAGGAGGCUCAACUCCAGCGAAGCUCGGGCACCCAGCUGAGAUGCCAUUUGUAUGUGAGGGGGGAGAUAAAGGGGCCUUUGGCAGGUCUCUGUUCUCCCAUUGAUGGCUAGCAACAUCUACACAAUUUCCUUGGUGAGAUUUCUGUACAAGUGCCUGACGUGACUCAAUAGCUUCCUGCCGGUCUUGACCUCUUCAGGUUAGGCCUGAUCAAGCCUUCUGGUGCCAAGGCUCUCCUUUGGAUAGCCAAAGGUCAGAGGAUGGGGCACCAGCCGCCUCCUGGCUCCUCCUAUGGCCUGUCAGCACCCUUUGGCCACCCCCAGAUAGGAGAUUCAGAAGUCUAGAAAUAGCUGUCCCCGCUUGGCCACCCACUCUGCCAGGCAUCCUAGUGGGGGGUCCAGUCUCAGUUCUCAGACAAGCUAAGCUGAGUUGGGGGUGGGGGACCAUGCAGGCAGACUGCCUUGGAGGGCAAAGAUGAAAUAGAGAUCUAGCUGGGGCCAAGCCUAGGGUGGGAGAUGAGAGGGAAGGUCAGCAAAGGACUCAGGAUAAAGGUCACAGGGGGAACAAGUAUUGUUUAAUACUCUGUCAUUUUUAAAAAUCAGCACACACAUUCAUGCUAGGUAGCUUUGCCUACCGUAUGCCAUUGUGGACAGGUGCCAGACCCCCAAAGGAAGUGGCCCCAGGGGGCAAAGUCUAAAAAAGGAAAGGGUCAGUCCUUUCUCACCUGCCCCUCAGCUCUGCGAAUGGUGCACAUUUGGUUUCACCUGAGACAGGACAGGAUGAGGCCAUAGCCACAGGGCUGAGUGCAGAUACAGAGGGCCAGAGUCUUAAGUGUCCUGAUCCCUUGGCCCUCCCACAUUUGUCUAUUUUUGGUUUCAUCAUUAAAAAAAUAAUAAUAAAGUGACAAUCACUGGUGGGGA